CUUGAGAAUCUGCACCUGCCCAAUACGAAACGUGAGAUAGGAAGAGACAAUGGCAUCGAAACCUGCAGGACGGUCGCUCCAGAACAUUAUCAGGCAUUCGAGACAGACAUGCGAAUGCAGCUCGAGAUAUCCACGUUCCAUUCGACAAUUCUCCGCAUCAGCAGCGAGAAAGGAUGUCGAGUAUGAUCACGAAAAGGUGGAGAGACCAAGAUGGUCAUACACACCAGAGAGAGCGAAAGCACCGAUAUCAUGGCGAAUUAAAGACCCAGCAAAGGAAUGGGAAUGCAACAGCGAUCCAGCUCGAUUAGACAAUUUCUAUGUCAAGUUUCUAGGACGAGGAGGCGACAAGAUGUUGACGGAGGAGGUCAAAUGGCUCGCUAUCACACACAAGAGCUUUGAUCAAGGACGAAGAGGCUUCAAUGAUCGGUUGUCAUUCUUAGGACGACGAAUCCUAAAUCUGCAAACCGGUCUGGCAGCUUUGUCAGGAACAGCGAUGAUAACGAAACCUGAACCUAUUCUUCCGUCCGAUAAACGGAAACCUUUUACACAUUCUGCGUUGGAAGGCCUGGGAAACCUGUCACAUGUACAGCUGAGUGAGGUCUUGACGAAGCAGAGGCUCGGAAGCUUGGCAUCACAAUUAGGAAUGCGAAGCAUCAUAAGAUGGAAACCAAGAAAUGUAGCAAGCAUGGACGCCUCUGGUAUCGAUGUUAUCUUGACUACUUCCUUAUAUGCGAUUAUUGGAGCAAUAGCCUUGCAAAAGGGUGGAGAUGUGGCAGCGGAAGUUGCAAGAGAGAAGAUACUGAAACCAUUAAGAUUAUCAUGAUGGAAUCUAUAGGAUGGAGAGUGUAGUAUAUUGUAUAUUAUGUGGACACCCUAUGUGGAAUUCUCACCAAUGAAUUAGAGAUC